AUGAAAGCUGUAUUAAUACUCGCGAUCAGCGUGGCUUUCUCUACAGUUCUGGGUGCCCCUCAACAAGAUGUACAAAUUGUGGAGUUGGAGAAUGACAACGAUGGCACCGGAAACUAUAAAUUUAGGUUUUCACUAUCAGAUGGAACAAAGCAGGAUGAAGCAGGCGAAUUAAAAGAUGUUCAAGGGGAAGAAGGACCAGUUCAAGCGGUUGUAAAAACUGGUUCUUACGAAUUUACAGAUCCCGAAGGAAAACUACACAGAGUGACGUACACCGCCGAUGAAAAUGGCUUCCAUCCUGUUGUUGAGAGUUAA